GGUGGCGGUGGCGGCGGGGUGGCGGCGGCGGCGGCGGCGGCGGUGGUGGUGGCGUGGGUUACGCGGGGAGAGCGCAUGGGCAGACAAACACCUCCAUGUGGUGGUGUGUGUGCGCUUCCCCGGGAUCUUGACAGUGAAGAGCCCGAAGGAUUCCCUAGGUAUUGUUUUUCUUUGCUAUGUCAUCGUAGUCAGUGGCGGUAGGAGGCCGGAUCCGCAGGCUUCCGAGGGGCCAAGUGGAUGCAGCCGGGUCCGGGGCCAGCGGACGCUGUGGCGAGUUAGGGUGCGGCGUUUGCCCUUGGGACUGCGUGACAGAGAGGCAGGAGGUUGGGCGGUUCUGGUUAAUGUGAAGGCUGAUUUUGGCCGAAGGUCUGGCGACAGCAUCGGAUCCCACGUAGUAACUUCGGCCUGGCGCAAGAGAAAGAAGCUCUGACCCCUGGGCGUGUGUGGACAAAGGCUUUGGGCUCUAGAAUCGAUGCCUUCGGAUGAUUCCCGUUUGACGAUGAUGGAUGUCAAAGGAAAUCCUGUGCCGUGUGGAUUCGUCUGCAUACUGCCUUUGGUUUUUGUUUGAGCCAGCUACGUUAUAAAAGGCAGAUCACAAUAAUUUUGGACUGGGAUGUCCUCUUAGAAUUUAUACUUUCUUUUUGUAGAAGGAUAAUGAAUUUCCCCUCGGAUCAAAGAAGACUAUUUUGUAAUGCCCAUAAUUGUGGAUAUUAUAUUGCUUCAUUUUUGAUAGUUAAGUUGCUUUUACAGAAUUAACAGGUCUCCAAGAAAUAAAAAGAAAAGGUCAUUAUUGCUGUGGUUUGAGCUCAGCAUGGCUGUAGUCAUCCGUUUACUGGGGCUUCCUUUUAUUGCGGGGCCUGUGGAUAUUCGUCACUUCUUCACGGGAUUGACUAUUCCUGAUGGAGGAGUGCAUAUAAUUGGAGGGGCUAUUGGGGAGGCUUUUAUUAUUUUUGCAACAGAUGAAGAUGCAAGACGUGCCAUAAGUCGCUCAGGAGGGUUUAUCAAGGAUUCAUCUGUAGAGCUCUUUCUUAGUAGCAAGGCAGAAAUGCAGAAGACUAUAGAAAUGAAAAGAACUGAUCGCAUAGGAAGAGGGCGACCUGGAUCUGGGGUAUCAGGGGUUGGCAGCUUAUCUAAUUACAUUGAGGCCAUGAAAGAAGAUGAAAGUAAUUCUGGAUAUGGCUCUUCAAUUAACCAAAAUGCUGGGUUUCAUACAAAUGGUACAGGACUUGAUGAUUUAAGGCCAAGAAAGACAAGGCCAUCGAAGGCUGAGAAUCCUUACUUAUUUCUACGAGGUUUGCCUUACUUAGUAAAUGAAGAUGAUGUACGUGUCUUUUUUUCUGGUUUGUGUGUGGAUGGAGUAAUUUUCUUAAAACAUCACGAUGGCCGAAAUAAUGGGGAUGCCAUAGUAAAAUUUGCUUCAUGUAUUGAUGCUUCAGGAGGUCUUAAAUGCCAUAGAAGUUUUAUGGGUUCAAGAUUUAUAGAAGUAAUGCAGGGCUCAGAGCAACAGUGGAUUGAGUUUGGUGGAGAUGGAGUUAAAAAAGGUGAAAUUCCUAUGAGAGCUGAAGGACAUUCUCCUUCAAGAGGAGUUAAUGAUAGACAUUUUCGAAAACGGUCUCAUUCAAAAUCUCCCAGAAGAACACGUUCUCGUUCCCCUGUUGGAUUUUAUGUUCACUUAAAAAAUCUGUCCCUAAAUGUUAGUAAAAGAGAUUUAAGAAAUUUCUUUAGAGAUAUUGAUCUAGCUAAUGAACAGAUUAGAUUUUUAUAUAAAGAUGAAAAAAGAACAAGAUAUGCCUUUGUGACUUUUAAGACUCUGAAAGACUAUAAUACUGCUCUGGGUUUUCAUAAGACUAUUUUACAACAUCGUCCAGUUCAUAUUGAUCCAGUUUCUAAAAAACAAAUGCUGAAGUUCAUUGAAUGUUAUGAAAAGAAGAGACUGGGGUCAACAGAGAAGGAACGAUCUGGACAUAUUUCACAAAAAUACUCCCAAGAAGGCUACUUGGGCCAGAAACUUUGCAUAUAUAUAAGAAAUUUUCCCUUUGAUGUUACAAAAGUUGAAGUGCAAAAAUUCUUUGCAGACUUUUGUCUUGCUGAGGAUGACAUUUACCUGCUUUAUGACGACAAAGGAGUUGGUCUGGGAGAAGCAUUGGUGAAAUUUAAAUCAGAAGAACAGGCCAUGAAAGCUGAACGUUUAAACCGACGAAGAUUCUUAGGGACAGAGGUAUUACUAAGACUUAUAUCCGAGGCACAGAUGCAGGAAUUUGGUGUACAUUUCCCCUUGCUCUCUACUGAGAAAAUGCAAGCCCGUUCUCAGUCACAUGAUAGAGAAGACCAUUCCCAUUUAUUUGAUUCAAAAGACCUAUCAGCUUACUCAGUUGACCCUUCUGAAGACCUUAGAUACCAGCUAGAGGAUUCGAGGCCACAGGGUAACUUCAGGCAUCCCCAGGGAUAUAUACGACAGCCUGAUAGACACCCUCCAGAAGACUUCAGGCAGUCACCAGACGACUUCAGGUUCCCUCCGGAGGGCUUCAGGCGAUCCCCAGAGAACUUCAGGCACCCUCGGGAGAAGCACUUCAGACGGCCUCCUGAGGAAGACUUCAGGCGCCCAUGGGAGGAUGACUGGAGACGGCCUCCUGAAGACUGGAGGUGGCCACUGGAGGAGGAUUUCAGACAGCCCCCUGAAGAGGACUUCAGAAGGUCCCUUGAGGGAGAUUUCAGGCGGCCACCAGAGGAGGAGUUCAGGCGCCCUUGGAAGGAGGACUUCAGGUGCCCUCCAGAUGAUGAUUUCAGGCACCCCAGGGAGGAGGACUUCAGGAAGCCCCCUCAGGAGGAUUUCAGGCAUUCCUCUGAAGAAGACUUCAGGCGAUCACCCAUGGAGCAUUUAAAACGGCCACCCCAGGAGCACUUCCGGCGACCACCUUCGGAACAUUUCAGGAGACCACCUCCUGAGUAUUUCAGGCAGCCACCCCCGGAGCACUUCCGAAGACCACCCCAGGAGCACUUCCGGCGGCCACCCCAGGAGCACUUCCGAAGACAACCCCAGGAGCACUUCAGGCGUUCCCGGGAGGAUGAUUUCAGGAAUAUGCCAGAUGAUGACUUCAGGGGCCCUCUGGAUGAAGACUUUAGGCACCCUCCUGAUGAGGACUUCAGGAAUCCCCAGGAAGACUUUAGAUGCCCUUCUGAUGAGGACUUCAGGCAGCUCCCUGAAGAAGACCUCAGAGAAGUUCCAGAGGAGGACCUUAGACUUGCUGACAAUUUCCGACCUUCUGGUGAGGAUUUUAGGAGUCCACCUGAGGAUUUUAGAAGUCAUCGCCCUUUUGUGAAUUUUGGUCGCCCAGAAGGUGGCAAGUUUGAUUUUGGAAAGCGUAAUGUGGGAGGUUUUCCUGAAGGUAGAUUUAUGCCUGAUCCCAAAUUAAAUUGUGGUUCAGGUAGAGUAACUCCUGUUAAGAUAAUGAAUCUUCCAUUUAAAGCAAAUGUAAAUGAAAUUUUAGACUUCUUCCAUGGUUAUAGAAUCAUACCUGAUUCAGUUUCAAUACAAUAUAAUGAGCAAGGUUUACCUACAGGGGAAGCCAUUGUUGCUAUGAUCAACUAUAAUGAAGCUAUGGCCGCUAUUAAAGAUCUUAAUGAUAGGCCAGUUGGUCCCCGGAAGGUUAAGCUCAUUUUGCUUUAGAAAGCAUUUCUGAGUUCAGUUACUAUCCCACAGUAUUGAUGCAGUAAAAUGCAUUUUUAGAAAAGUGUUAUUUUUAAACAUUUUGAUUUUGACCUGUGAAUAGAAAAACUGUAAAUAGAAUGUGAAUUUGGUUCUCUUGCUUGCAAAUUGCCUUUCACUUUUUUUCCCCCUAAUUUAAAAUUACAUAUGCUGUAUUUUUAUUUGUUAGGGUAGCAGGAACUAAUUCCUUGAGUUCCUUAAUUUUUGUUGCUGUUAUGCAUAAACCUCCAAGACUUUUAGAGUUGUAUUUGGGGAAGAUAUAUUUUAUAUUCACUUUUCUUUCUGUAGUCAAUGCCUUUUGCUCAGACUGUAUAAGGAAAUGGUCAGUGGCUGAUUGUCCAGGUUUGGCAUUUUUAUCGCUACCUGCCUGCAGAAUUGAUGCCCCUUUGUCUGAGAUGUUGCUGUGUUAAAUCUGUUAAUUAUAGUCAAAAUGGACAGACUGUGAACUUUGAAAUUUACUUAUGUAAAAAGCUUAGGAAAUUUAGUUUACAUGUUCAUAACUGCGAAAUUUUAUAAAAAUAAAAAAUUGCAACUGAAUAGACUAACUUGUAUUUGUAUAAAAAAUGGCAGCUGGGUGUAAAGUUUUUCAGCAGUACAUUAAAUUAAACUUAUGAUGGGAAGGACUGUUAUGUAAUAGUAAUGUAUAGUUGUAUGGGUUCUUUUAACAUUUUAGUGACUGGGUAGGAUUAAUACAAAAUACUCAAAGCAGUAAGAGUGCAAUUAUAGGUGAAGGGAAACUCGGGCUUAUGCUGGGAAGAAUUUGACAAAAUGGAUACAGUUUGUUUUUAUAAGAGGGAUUUACUGAUGAGUCCUAUAACUUGUAUGUUUAGUAUUAGGUUCUUAUGAUAUUUUAACAUCAAAACUUUUAUUCAGAUGUGAAGUAUAAGACCUGUGUGGCUGAAUUUUUACUCAUUAGUGACAUCCAAUACUUAAUGUAGAUAUUCUGCAAAUACUGGAAACUACUCAUACUCAUAUAAAAUUUUGCUCAUAUUUAUGAGACAUUAUGUGCUAGUCACUGUAAGUGCUUUGUAUGCAUGAUCUCAGUAUAUACUAAUAGUAAAGGACAAACUUCUGUUUCACAAAUGAGCUAAUGUUAAGUUUAGAGAAGUGAAACCACUUGCCUGAAAUCUUAGUUAAGUUGCAGAGGCAAUUUCAACUCGAACAUUCCAUUUACUGUUGUUCCUGUUAAUACUUUUGCUGCCUGUUAUUUUCAUGAAUGUUUUCUUCAUUCUCACUUGAUCAUUUAAAAAAGAUAAAACUAGGGUGCUCAAACAUUGUUAAAAGAAAAGGUGUCUUAGUUUUGUAUACCCAAGGUUUCUCUUAGGAUACAUUAUACUCUGGCUUCUAAUUCAGAGUUAUUCAUUUUAUCCACCAUGGUUUGACUUGGACCUUCUAUAGUUUGUAUAGAACAUACUCUUUUCCUCAAAUCUUUGAUCCAGAGAUGUCCCACAUUGCGUAAGCAUAAAACGGAUUUUUUUUCCUGUUUUUGAGAAUGGGGCUCUUGCUAAUUUGCUCACACUGGGCUCAAAUGUGUGAUCAUUCUUUCUUAGCCUCCCAGAGUGCUGGGGUUACGGGUUUGCACUGCCGUGUCUGGCUUAAAAUUGAAUUUUUAUUUGGUAAUUUAGUCAUUUAAUAGGAUAUUGCUUAAGUAAUAUGAUUUUUUUUAAUAGUAAGUGUAAAUAUCUUAAUUUUUGAGUGAUUUAAAGAAAUCUAAGAGAAGCCUACUUAAUUUUUUGAUAGCCAAUGUCCUGCUUACUUAGUAGAAUGAGUAAAAUGGUAUAUUUGGUUCUAAAAAGCACCUCCAUAUGUCUCUUUAAAAUAGUAAACUUGAAGAGGGAGAAUGACAAGCUCUGCUAUAUCUGAAUGAAGCACAAUGAACAAAAGAAGGAGACAUGA